GCCAUCCAGUCUCCAAAUGCACUGGUCAGCCGAUUCAUGGGUUAUGUUCCUCCCAAAAUCUUCUGAUACCACCAGGGCCAUUGAGUAGGCCCGAUGAGGCUACGAAUUUCUUUCAUGCAGUCAUACCGGACAAAGGGUGCUUCUUGUUUUGAAGAUGGGUUACGGCUCACGCCUACUUUGGUCUGUACUAUCACCUGCACAUGUACUUGUAUCGGGCUCUUUGUCCGACCCAUUAUACCCCGGCAUGGGAACGGCUCCGCGGAGCUGUUUGGACCAUGGCAUCACCUUUGCUUGGAAGAUAGCAGGUGUUGGCCUAGAUACCUUAAUGAUAAAAAGCGGAUACUUCAUCAUCUGAGACUUCUACAAACUGCUUGUUGUGAUUGUGCGCUAGGCCGAGGUAGUUUCAAGGCCUCAUCGACUGACUCUAGCUGUCAGCUGUUCCGGGGUUCGAAGGUCCCAACAAGACGCAUGUUCUUACCGCUCUUCUGAACCAUCCCACCGAAGCUAGUUACAAAGGAGGCGCUUAUGCACGCUUUGCUGUGGCCUUCAUGCAGUGCCGGAUCGCACCACCACCAUAAUAACAUCUGCCGCGCCUACAGGGCACGUUGUCCGUGUCACGAUGGCGAUCAGCCUGCGACA